AUGGGUCUCUCGGAUCCCCACCCCUUCAAUUUCGUGGACCUCAACAAACACAGCAACUUGCAAAUUGACAGCAGAACUCUCCUCCUGGGAGCCGUCUUCAUGUUAUUACUCCUCAUCUCCACACUUUCCUUGGUCUACUUCCUCUACACGUGCAUCCGCCGCAGCCAAUCAUCCGCCAGUACUCUGAGCCCCAGCCCACCGGCGAGUACUGGGCUCGACAAGGCCACCAUCAACUGCCUGCCCAUCGUCCAAUACGGGUCGAGCCUUAGCGCUGACAGUACGUGCCGAGUCGGGGAGUGCUCUAUAUGCCUUGCCAUGUUCCAAGUUGGAGACAAGGUGAAGGUUUUGCCACUGUGCUACCACGGGUUUCAUUCCGAGUGCGUCGACGAGUGGCUCCGGUCGAGGCCGAGUUGUCCUCUGUGCAGAGCGUGUGUUGUCCGAGUUGACUCGCUUGCUCAGUCUGUCUGA